GUGGCAACACUGAAAAAAAGAUGGCGUAAUUUGUUAUCCCCACCCCGAACAAAAAGUGACAGCGCAUUGCGCAAAGCCAGGAGUUUAUAGUGUGCAUGUUACACGGUUAAACAUGUUAAAAAGUUUUUCGGAAAUUUUAGUUUUAUGUUAUAUUCAGUGCCCCGAUUGUUCAACAAGAACUGAUAUAUUGAACUUUUCUCCAUCUUGAUUAAGUGACAUACUUAGUUUAAAUAAAUACGUAGUGAAUAUAAUUAUUUAAAAUAGAGUCUAUUGUAAGUAAUCGUUCGAAAAAAACAUCAUCCACAAUGCCUAAAGGAAAGAAAAAAGGAAAAUACGACCACAAAAGAACAGAACAGGCUUACUCUUCAGACGAAGACGCCGGAAUAGACAUGACCAUCGACAAUAUGUCAGAGACCUCCGCUCAGUCGGACCUUAAGAGCAUCCAUGAUGAUCCAGGCAACCCAAAGGGAAGGAAGGUCAGAGAAAACAGGAUCAUAUGGAAAAAGACACAAAAUAACGAAAUUCUACCAGAGGAACUACAAUGGUCAGAAACACAACGAGACUUUAAAUUUGAAGCGCCGCGGCCAUUUUUGAAGAAAAUUGUGAAGGAACCUGAAGCGCGUUUAAAGGAACUUAUGGAGCAGCACAUUAGAUAUUACAGACCUCCUCCACCUCCACCUGAACCGGAGCCCGUGAUAGAUCACAAAGCUUUGAGAGAAAGCGAAAUCCAAGAGAAAUUCGAAGAGAAGGUGCUUGAGCUGAUUGAGUCGCUGAACGCUCGUGCUAACGCAGCUCGUGCGAGCGCGUUCGUGUCGCUUCGUGCAGCGCUGCAGCGGCGUGCGUUGGACGGCUUGUUGUCGUCCCACCGCGCCACACUGGCCGACCACGUGUCCCGCGCUCUGCGCCGAGGAAAGGAUGGAGAGAAAAAGGCUGCAGCUGCUAUUGCACCAUUGCUUGCUUUGCAGAUUGGAGAGGAUGGUACGGAAGAGUUCGUCCGCGAAGUCCGGCCCGCUCUCAUUGCCGCCUGUACAGACAAAACAGCUUCACUUGACACACGUACUGAGUGUUGUUCAUCUUUGGCCGUGUUAUGCUAUUUGAUGGAGGACGACCUCUCUGAGAUCUUGGAGGUUAUGCGCAUGUACGAGACCAUCUUCAGUGGAAGCUACCUCAAGGGUGACGGCAGCGUGAAGGUGUCUGGCGCGGCGGUGGAUGCGGGCGCGUGUCACGCGGCGGCGCUGGACGGCUGGGCGCUGCUGCUGCCGCUGCUGGCGCCCGGACAUGCGCUCGCCCUGCUCACCAACCAGGCGCCCUCCUUCGCCAGGCUCGGGGACCUGCUCGAGGCUGUCUCGCUCGAGGUCCGUAUGGCAGCAGGUACAGCGCUAGCCAUCGCGUACGAGACGGUGACCGACGAUGACGGAAGCGCGGAGUCCCUCACCGACCUGGUCGACGGCUUGCUCCCGCGACUCAGCGAACUGGCGCGCGACUCGCACAAGUUCCGCGCUAAGCGGGACCGCAAACUGCAGCGAGCCACUUUCCGAGACAUUCUCAAGUAUUUCGAGGAGGGCGAGGUGCCGAGUAUGUCGGUCCGCGUGGGCGUGGAGACGGCGUCGUGGUCGUCGUGGAGCGGCGCGGCGAGCUACGGCGCGCUGGCGGCCGCGCUGGGCGGCGCGCUGCAGGCGCUGGCGCCGCGACACCUGCGUCUGCGCGCCGCGCUCGGACUCGACGACGUGCCGCCGCAACCCUUGCCGCCCACACACAAGCAGACCAAGCUCGAGCGGGUACAUACUUCCUUAUUUACAUGUCUAUGGAUUCAAAAUUACCUCCACGACUGGCGCGGUGACUGGGCAACUGGCUGCCACGCAACGUGUCGCGAGUUCCAUUCUAGCAAGAAAUAACUCUUUGUGUAUAUCCACAAAUUAUUGUUCCGGGUCUAGGUGUGAUGUGUAUGAGAAAUUGUAUAUUUGUAAAUGCACCCACAAUACACGAAAAAAUCCUAAUAUGGGGUAAUGUUCAAAAAAAUGAUAUCUCUUAACAAUUCUUGCAUGUAAUCAUGUAGAAAAUAAAUAAAAGACCUUAAUGUAACCAGUUUAUGAUUUUCAUACUCACAAUAAUUUUAAUUUCACAGCACCUACAAAACAACGCGGCGUGCAAGGCGCGUACACUGGCACGUAAGAAGAACAGAGACAAGCGUUCCGCGGCGCUCGCCAUGUGAGCAUCCCGCAGUCCCGCAGCCUGCCCGCAUCCCGCAGCCCGCAGCCCGCGCGGUUCAUCACUCAAACAUCUUUCGGUUUAGUUAGAGCUUAGUUUAACGCUAGCAAUCGUCAAUUGGACGCCUUACUUCGUAGUAGCACCCCCGGCGGCAGUAGAACCAGCCUCUUCAAUACGUAGACUGUGUGGCCGCCGGACCAUGUGUGAGGUUCGUGUUAGGUUAAAAUAGGCUAGUUGUUAACCAAAGAAAUUCGUAUUAUUUUGAAAAAUACAAGUUGGAACCGUCUAUUUCGAGGCAUCUCGUUGAUUUUAAUUAUAUUUCUCUCUCAUUACUCAGCACUGUCUCGUUCGGUCGUCCCUUAGUGUUGAUGUAUUUUAAAAUUGAUAUUAUUGCGAUCGAUGUUUUCAUAUCAUUUUGUAUAAUAGAACAUUUAAUUCUUACUCCAUGCCUUGGUGGUCUGGUGGUACUCCAUUCCGAACUGAUACUGCCGGCACGUAGAACUUAAAUGUUGCUAUUUUUUAGUUAAAUAUUUUACUUUAAUUAUACUUAUGUUAUAUUAUUGAUAAUUUUGUUUUUAAAUUGACCGUUUGUGUGUUAAUAUAGAUUACAAUAUAAUUUAUUAGGUUAGUAUGUCACUGCAUUGAUUGUUUUACUGUCAAUGAACAUAUGUAUUGGUAAAAUCAAGUUGUGGAGUAAGGGCGAUUAUAUUAAAGGUUUAUAAAAGGAAUAUUUUCUAUGACUUGUGCUGUUCACAUGAACAUCAUGUAUAUGUAUAUGUGAGUCGUAUGUGUAUCCGCGAGAGGAUGAAUGCAUCACAGUGCAAUUCAUACGUUUAUAUAUAAAGCUUCUCUGUAAAUAUUAUUUUAAUUAGGAUUCGGUUUUGGUCCCCACGACUUGUAAGAUAUAGGAUAAACGGAAUGUUGAAAUAAUAUUUAUUAUGAGAACCAAGUUUUUGUUUUAUUAAAACCUUCUAUACCUCAAGCACACAAACUCACCCCGCCUUUGGC